CAGCAGGAGAAAGCAUUUGAAGAGCUAUAAAAAUAUCCCAAAAGUCUCAAACGGUACCAUUUGUCAUUCGAGCCUGACCCAAGAUGUCCCUCAAGAUCGCGCUACUUCUGGCCGCCGCCGUCGCCGUUGCUCAGGGCGGGUACUUGGAGCCAUCGUUGAGAUUGGCAGCUUUACCUGCACCGGUCCACUACGAGAGUUACGUAUCUCCGGCCGUUACCAAGACGGACUUCCUUCCAGGAUCUUACUCGUCUUCCUACAGGAGCGAUGUGAUCACACCGCGUGUUCGCUACACGGAAACACCGGGAUACAGCUACUCGGUCCCUCAACCACCCGCAAUCGGUUAUACUCCAACCAUCACCAAGGUGGCCGAGUUCGCUCGUGUCGCCCCUGUGAUUGCACCGGCUCCAAUCGCUCGCGUUGGAUACGCACAUGGAUUAGGAUACGCUGGAGCCGCUCCCUUAGCUCUCGGUCACGGUUUCGGAUACGGCGGUCAUGGAUUUGGGUUCAACAAGUACGCUCAUUUCUAAAGCGGGA